UUUAAGAUUACGUUUGCGGAAGUUUACAUUCCGUUUGGUGAAACGUGUUGCUCAUGGCAGUCUGAGAGAAGCCGGGUGUGCGGUAUUUGUUGCUCACUUGUUCCUGACUGUGUAGCAGCAGUUUUCCACUAUGUAUUCCGUUUUAAUUAACGCGGUCUUAUCCAGCUCUCCUGACUAUGACCGUUUGUUUGAGUCUCUGUCCUGGCCGAGUGAGUCGUGGCCGGGGACGGAGCGGGUGGAGGCGCUGACGGCUUUCAUUGAAGGGCUCGGGCCACUUUUGGCAGACUCGGACACGACUCCACUUACAGCCGCGAAAAGACGAAGUAUUCGAGAUAAAAUUGAGUCGGUUAUUUGGGCGCAAUGUCUGCCUCUCCUCUCCAGAAUACCCGCAGAAGCCGGUGAGGGUGUGCGGUGCAGAGAGAGUACAGCCGCUGCCUGCCGACUUGUGAGCGUCUGUGUCCCGCUGUGUGAGGAGGCAGUACCGGGGCGGGUGGCUCUGUCCGUCCUGCCGUCGCUCCAGCUGUCAGAGGAGGAGCUACCCGGUCCGGGACGACUCAGUGUGGAGGUUGCAAGCGAAGUCAUGGCUGCUCUCAUACCUUCUCUGUCAGCGGAUGAACAGCUCGCCCUCACCACCGUGUCAUCUGCCUUGUCCUGCAUCAAAACACUCCCUGAUGCAUUGGUCUCCAAAAUCACAAUCAGGCUUCUCUUGUCGUUCUUAAACUGCUGCAGUGGUGCGAAGUUAAAAAGCAUCCUCAAGUUGGUCCUGGAGGAUCUGUGCAGCUGGCACUGCACUGACCGCACACCUGUGGUUACAGAGCGGGCACUGCUAUGUUUGACCGCCAUGUCAGACCACCUGCUAAAACCUCACAGCCCUCCCCCCUCCUCUGAGCCCGACCCUCGUCUGUCCCUUCAGUUCUGGAGGAUGGUUCAGGAUGGUCUGACGCACAGAGACAGCGUUUCACGUAAGAGGGCGUUGUACCUGCUGAAAAGGUGUGUGGCCCUGUCAGAGGAGGAGCAGGUGAACUGUCCUCUCUCUCCAUCAGUGGAAGAUGAGACCUUGUUCAAAUGGGCCCCCGACAAGAGCAAGUUGCUCAGAGAGUUCUGGGAGGAUUAUGCGCUGGUGAUGGAGACCCUGGAGGAAAACCAGGUUCACGUCGUCCGGCCAGUUCUAAACCGAAUAGACACAUUGAUCCAAACAACAGUGAAUGAUAGUCAAGCUUCAGGUCAAGGCCUCUUCCACCCCUCCUGGCUGCUCUGUGUGUACCAGCGGAUGUUCCACAGUGAGAAUAAAUCCUUAAUGAGAGAGGGAGUGUGUCAUCUUCUCGAGCUGCAGGUCCUCCAGCAGCCAGCUUUCGCUUUGGCCUUUUCUCAGUUUAUUGUCGGCCCUUUUAUGGAUGUUCUGUCUGAAACUUCACUCUUCCACAGGUCAGUUGAGCAGAGUGUAGGAGAAUGUCCUGAGCUGGGGGCUAAACUCCAAGUCUUCAUGGCCACCUUCUUCAGUAGCCUACCCUCAGAGCAUAGAGGUUGUGUGUUGCUGCAGCUGAUUCAGCAGCUGGGCUCUAAGCACUGGUGUGCAGUACCCCUACUCUUCCUCUCCCAGGCUCUAUCCAAACUCCCCCCCAGUCCACUGCUGGGGAUUGAUGGAUUCGCUGCUCUAAGGGAGGUGCUGCGCUGCACCAUGGUCACGCAUCAAGUUUUGUUAAGAGGAGCUGCUCAGUGCUUCCUGCUGAAUACUGCCCUCUGUCUCACAGAAGUGAAUGCAGUAACCCUAGAUGAUGUCUUUAGUUUCCUGAUGCAUUUCCGUGCAGACGAGUCACUGCGUAGAGGGACACAGAUCUGGAAUCAGUUGUGCACCUGGCUAUCAGACAAUGAAGCUAGAUUCAAGCCCAGGAUUAUGGAGGAUGGUGCUGUCACAAAGAAAGAAACUGUAAGGGGCUAUGUUCAAGAUGAGAUACACGCCUAUCUCCGAGUCCCAGUGAGCACAGGUCAGACCGAAAGGUUACCUGACUCUAAAGAGGCUGAUAAGUUGGCCAGGGCUAUUCUGCUGUGUGUGGACAUGGAGAAGAGUCAACCUAGCGCAGAGGUCGGUAACACCCUGGAGUCAUUAUUGUCUCCUCUGCUGGACACCCUGAGCAGAGUCAGCACCAAUAUCUACCUACCUCUGCGUAAGAGUGACAAGAGCCUACAGCUUGUGCUGCGAUUGUUCCAGCUUGGAGGAACACUAAGUUGUCAGCAAGCUGAUGGCGUGAUGGUUGCCAUGGAGAAGCUAAUUUUUAAACUUGUAGAUCCAAUCCAGGAGUUUAUCUUGAGGCGGCUGUGUGGGGAGCUGCAGGAGCUGUUUGACGUGGAGCGGGCAGAGCUGUAUCUGAGUGUCCUGAGGCAGCUGGUGGUCAUGUACAGUUCUACACCACUACAUCAUAAGAAAAUUCAGCAGAAUGGUUUCCCUAAACUCAUCAAACACAGCCUUAAGGUCCUUCAAGAACCAAGCCAGCAGAUCCCCUCUGUGGCAAAUCAGGUGGCUAGGGCAGUUGCUAUGGCAUCCAUGGCCACAAUUUGUGGGCUUGUUGAACAUGAAGUGAUUGGCAUCCAAUCAGAGACCAUUUCUGUUCUGAAAGCCCUAAAUGACUACUUCUAUAGCUCACUGCUAACUUCCUCACAAAGUCAGUCAUCUCUGGGAAACUUCAAUAAACGCCUGCUGAAACCACUGACGGGAGACUGUUCAAGUGAUCUUGGAGUGCUAGGUCCUCUGCUACAGGACUGGGGGCGUAUUGCCGCCAAUUUUAUGCGGGACCAGUGGAUUUGUCUGAGCUUCCUGAUUAAGAUGGUUGGGAUUCCUGAGAUUUCCAGAGCACCAGAUACUCUCAAGGCUGCUCUGAGCUGCAGUGUGGAGGCCCUGGCACUGCUGCCCAGUGACCUGGUGCUGCCUGUGCUCAGCUUUAUGGAGACAGUGCUGCCACAAUUAGUAGUUGAUGAGGAGGCGCUCUGUAUGGAGGCUGUGACUCUGAGCUGGGAGCUGGUGCAAGGACUGAGCAAUAAUGCCCAUGACUUCUGGCCGUCCCUGAAAGGCUUUGUCACCUUGGCCUUCCACCGCAAACUGCUGGAGCUGACACAUACUCAGGCUCUGACACUUCUUGCCACCUUGAAGCAGAUUGCCACUGAGCUGAUUGAGCUGUCUGAGUCAAAAAGUGGAGUAUUUGGAGUGCUGCUUCAACACUGCUGUCAGACGUGGUUGCCCACAGACCAAGGCAGCAGCGACCAGGCUGACACCGUGUUUUCUAGUGUUUUCAGCCACAUCAACAUACUCACUGAGGCUUGUGUCUACGGACCAGUUUUCAGAAGAGACCAACGGCUAAUCCAGGAUGUCCAAACAUAUGUGGAGCAGCUCGGUGAACAGUGUGCUGGUAAUGUCAUUGUUACAAGUGAUAACAGGGAUGAUCAGUUGCCGCGCACAUGCGUACUAACUUUCCUCAGCCGUUUGGAUUCCUCUAAUCUACAGCAUGAAAGAGUGAUAGAGGAACUAGUCCUGGCUUUGUUGAAAAAGGAUAAUGACAUAUCAAAGUCAAAAGUGCGUUAUUAUAGCAACUCCCUGCAACAUCGUGUCAAAAACAGAGUAUGGCAAACACUGCUACUGUUGCUGCCCAAACUCAGAGAGGAGUUUGUUGCCACUUUGCUGAAACAUGUGUAUGCAGCUGGAUUCUGCAGUAACCAGGCCUCAGUCAAAUACCUGAUUGAAUGGAUGAUGAUUCUGAUCCUCGUUCACUAUCCGCAACACAUGGACAGCUUUUGGGGCUGUUUCAACAUGGAUCAUGAAAAGACGAAGACAAGCAUCUGCACCUUCUUGUCAGUCCUGGUGCAUUUCAAUGUCAUCAUGCCCAAUCUUAAAGAUAAGGCAGAGCAGUUGCGUAAAGCGCUGGACAUCAUCCUGCAGUGGUGUUUCAACCAUAACUUCAGUGUGCGCCUGUAUGCUUUACUGGCCCUAAAAAGGGUGUGGAGCUUGGCAGAAGUUCAGGCAGAGCAGGAGGCUGAUGCUUUUGGAGGGCUUUCCACUGUGAUUAAGGCCUGUUUGAACCAGGCUGAGGCCAUGCAGAGCACUGGAAAUGCCAACAAAAACUGGAUAAGAAUUCAGGAGCACUUCUUCUUUGGUGCAUUUCAUCCUGUCAGGGAUUACAGUGUUGAGACCAUAUUCUAUACCUUUCCCAGUCUGUCAGAGUUGGCAGAUGAUGAAUGGAUUCCACCUUGGAAGUUUGAGAAACUGUCGUGUUUCUCUAAAAGUCCAUCUUUUCCUUUGAGAAAUUCUGCUCCUGACCUGAGCCAGCUCCAGCCUGGAGACUGGAUCCAGCAAGACAAAAGUGAGCAGGAUAAGGAGGAGCGCUGGGCUGAGGUGCAGAAGAAGAUCACCCCCUGGAGGUUGGGGAUCCAGGAGCAGGAGCCUGAACUUCAGUUGGUUCCACCACAAAGGGCUGCUCGACUAGGCAAACUGCACGGCGCCCUGCUGGUGGUAGCCUCACUUAUAGACAAACCCACCAAUUUAGGAGGUCUAUGCAGGACGUGUGAGAUAUUUGGUGCCAGUGCUCUGGUUCUGGACAGCCUCCGCCAUGUCACUGACAAACACUUUCAGUCCCUGAGCGUCUCAUCUGAGCUAUGGCUUCCUCUGUUAGAGGUGAAGCCAGUGGAGCUCACUGACUUCCUGCAGGUAAAGAAGAAUGAAGGGUACUGCAUUGUUGGAGUGGAGCAGACAGCCAACAGUCAGAAUCUCCAGGACUAUCAGUUCCCUGAGAAGACCCUGUUACUUCUGGGCAAUGAACGAGAAGGUAUUCCUGCCAACUUGCUCCAAAUGUUAGAUGUUUGUGUGGAGAUCCCUCAACAAGGGGUCAUCCGCUCCCUCAACGUGCAUGUGAGCGCCGCCCUGCUGAUUUGGGAAUAUACACGGCAACAUCUUGCUUCUGCUUCAGUAGAAGUCAACUCAAAACACAGCUGAAGAAGAAACCAUCAGUGCAGCCUUGUGGACAUGACAUCUGACCUCCAGAUGUUGACAGUACUCUAACAUCUCUGGUAGCAAACAUGAAAAACAUCUUGGGGGACUUUAAAUGAAAAUGUCAAUUUCAGCUACUGGAUAUGAAGAUGCUGCAUACGAUUAACAUCAGGGCCUCAUUAAGGAUGUUCUGUCUGGAUAGGAAUCGAUCCUUUCAGGUUUUAAUGUAGUGAGCAGUCAUCAGUACUGUUCUUGUGCCUUAAUGAGAGUCAUGAAUAGAGAUCAGUUCAGGUUAUUACAUCUAAAUAUUCAUGCAUGCUGUUAUAUUAAUGUAGGCAAACUCUAUGUCUCUAUAACUGCUGCAUAAAUGGAAAUUCUCUCCUUUAAGGAAGAAGUGUCUGGUUUAUGUGAGCAAUUAGUUUUUACCUCACAGCACCAAGACUGAACUAUAAUGUACAUACCCAGCAAACCAUUAUACAGAGUAUAAUAAUACUGCUUUUGUUAUUUUCUGUGUUUUCACUGUUUUUAUUGCAAUCUGUGAUUUUAAAUUGUAAUCAGUUUUGAUACCGUUAAAUAAAUAAAACUGACUUUAUUGUGUUUGAUAAUAUA